UGUUCGGGUCGGGAGUGUGAAAUUAUUUUAUUGGCAAGUGCGAUGUGAAGAAGGACAGGCAAUCGACACGCUGGAUCGAGCCAGCUCUGGUCCAGGGGGUUGCCACGACGGUGGAGGGACCGUCCCCCCCGUCGCCCCACAGCCCCCGGGACUGUCGCCCCUUCCUCACGAAAUCAACACUCCCAAGCGACAAGCUGUGGUAGACAGACUUCGAAGGCGAAUUGAAAACUAUAGAAAAAGACAGAGUGACUGUAUGCCGCGGUUCGGUCAAGCUUUCAACGAACACUGCGAACAAAACUUCCAGGAUACCCUCCAGUUGAAACAACGGUUUUUGGACGCGAAAGCCAAAAGAGUACCCAAAACCAAAGACAGAAAGCAGGAAUCCAUUCAGAGCAGCGUGCACGUGCAACAGAAAUUUUUGAAACGAUCCGCCGAAGAAAACGAUCCUGGGGCUUCGGGGGACAAUUUCGAGCCCCCCGUGAAACUCCAGUGUACCACCCAACAGCACGGUUCCCAUCAAAACGAAGGUCUUACGAAGUUCUCCGUCGAAAUUGUCCAGCAGCUCGAAUUCACGACGUCGGCAGCCAAUUCCCAGCCUCAGCAGAUCUCCACCAACGUAACUGUGAAGGCACACACGAACGCCUCGGUGAAGAGCGACGUUUCAUCGCCCAAAUCGAAUCCGUCAACGCCGGCGUCAAACCUGCAGCAGAAAUCGAACAUCGGCUUGGAUGUGGGCACGUUGGUCGAGUGCGUGAAACAAGAACCCGAUAACGAUUUCGCCGAUUUGGACCAAUGUGCCGCGGCAUUAGAGAAGGAUGCGGCUGCCAACGGUGGCACCGGUUUCGGUGGUUUCUCCGACCUCAUCGGAGAAGACACGAACGACGAGAUCAUCACCUCGGAUGCGUUCAACGAUCUGAUCUCCGAUAUUAGCAAUUAUCCCGAGUUAAUGAAAGACUUUGAUUUCGAGGACAAAUCGGACAAUAAUAACGCGAGUGUUAACGGUUUGAAAGUGGAGGACAUUAAAGACUUGCAGCAGCCAGUAUCGGAUAACCCUAAGUCCACUCACAGUCCGUUGGUGUCGAGCCAGAACUAUUCACCGCCCGUGUUCGAUGGGCAAGGCGGCAUCGCGAAGAAUAGAAUGCCGCCAUAUUCCAACAUUGACUUUUGUAAGACUGAACUCAGUCCGGCCGCUCAGACGCUCAAGCAGAUGGCCGAACAACAUCAACACAAAAAUCAAAUGGGCAUGUCCUUUAAUCCCGGCGCAAGAGCGCCGAACUCCAGGUCGCCUUAUCCAGAUUUUCAGUUUCAAGGGGAUUACGGCGGGAGUCCCAAUUCCAACCCCAACUUCCAUAAGAACAGUCCUAAUUUCUCUCAACCCGAUAUGAUUAAACAAGAAAUGAUCUUCCAAGGGAGUGACUUUGAUAUGAAGAGGAAAGGAGCGGGCAUCUAUAAACAGCAAUACUCACCUUACAGCAGUCCGAGUGCUAGCAGCCACGGUAGUCCCGGUUACUUGCCGCGAAAUAGUACGGGAAGUACAGGAGGUGGUGGAGCUUUUGGCAGCGGUACGCCCCCAAGACCAUCUUCUGGACCAGGAGGCACUAAUUCAGGUCCUACGUUACAAAUUAAUCAAGCACAACAACUACACAUUACUCAACAGAAUCAUGGACACGCAAUCCAGGUAUCAGCUGGACAACACCUCCAUUUAAGCGGCGACUUGAAAGGCAAUGUUUCCAUAGCUGCACAACAAGGAAUGCACUUUAAUCAGCAUACGUCCACGAACGGCACGUCCUCUCAAUCCCAGAACACACAAAACGUCCCACAACAAAGUCCGUUGUCAUCAAACCAGCAACAAAAUGCUCAGAUGCACACAAAUAAUUCUCAGCAGGCAUCACAAAAUCAAAACAGCGGACCACAUUUGGGAAGUCCCAUGAUGUCCGGCGGUCAGCAAAUGCCUAAUUCACAAGGGGGACCCAUUGGAGGCAUGCAAGGGCCAGCAAACCUUUCGGGUCCAGGUCCUGGAAAUUUACAAGGUGCAAUGGGCGGUAUAAUGGGUGGCCCGUCCGGAAUGCAGCAUCCUGGUGGAAUGGGUGGAAAUCUUUCUGGUCAGAUGGCGGAUAGCUAUUCUAUGUCUCAAACUCAGACAAUUAAUUUUACGCAACAGAGUUUAAGGCAGCGUGCUAGUGGACCUAAUGUUGUACCAAAUAAUAUGGGACCAAACGGACCAAUGGGACCAGGACCUAUGGGAACUCAAGGUGGAAUGGGACCACGUAUGAUGAAUACUCAAACUUUAGAGCAACAGAAACUCCUACAGCAACAGCAAAUGUUGAGAGCACAACAGGCAGCUGCGUUACAGCAGCACAUGGUCAGGCCGCCACCUCCAGAUUACAAAAGCAGUGCUGCUGGAUUAAUGCAAGGUGUGCAACCUAGGUUUACGGGAGCACCACCCAACAUUCGAAGAAUGCCUCAUCAACCGAUGCCACCUUCAGGUCCGAUGAUUCGUCCACAUAAUAUGUAUAUAAUGCAACAACAACAGCAGCAACAACAUAUGAUGAACAGAAAUAUAUAUCCACGUCAACAAGGUCCAGUUAGUGGCAUGGAAGCCAUGCAACAUGGCAGUACUGAAUGGCGUCAUCUUCUUAUGCAACAACAAAAUAGUAACUUUAGUCCACAAAUGAGGCCAAAUAUGCAGCAAGCUUUUAACAUGAAUGCUGGAGGUAUGCAAUUGUCUGCUCAACAUCCACAACUUAGGAAUCAGCAAGGGAUAAGUCAGGCUCAAGUAAUGAGUCAGGGUGGCAGUCCGAUGUCACAAAUGAACAACAUGAAUCAAAUGUUAAAUCAUAUGCAACAGCAAAAUAUGAUGCAACAACAAAAUUCUCAGAUGUCCAUAUCAAAUAUAUCAAGUAUUCACAUGCAACAAUCGCAGUCAAUGACAGUGACCAAUCAAUCGUUACAGCAACAAAAUAUGAACAAUCAACUUGUAAAUAAUACGACAAGCAACCAAAACAAUUCUUUGAACAGUUUUAAUUCGCAAAAUACAGAUUUUAUUGGUCUCGAAUUCUUAGAUAAUCUUCCGACAACAGAUACAACAGCAUUUACAGACCAGGAGUUGUUAAACUCAUUUGACAGUGACUCUGGCUUUAAUUUAGAUUUUUAGUAGAAUUUUAUAUGGUUUUGUUAAUAUUUUUUAUAUAUAUAUUUUUGUACAUAUUUAUAUUAACUGUGGUUUCUGUUGGUAUUAAUUUAUAUUUUUGAGUAUACAUAUUCUGUCAACAUAUUUUGUUCUUUAUAUUGCGAUAGUUUAAGUCUUAAAUUUGUUUUUGAAACUUUUAUUUUGAUAUGCAAUAUACAAAAUAUACACAAGCGACAAUAUACCUAUCAAAUAUCUACAGUUUGUAUUAAGUACACUGCCAUGAUGCAGAAUAUUAUAUGAUUAUAAAAAAAUAGAGCUGUGACAAAGUGGAGUGAAAUUUUGUAGUACGGACUACAAAAAACAAAAUUUUACAUUUAUACGGUUUAUAAAUUUGUGGUUUUGUACACAAAAUAGAAUUGAAUCUCAUUUGUCAUAUCAUGACUUUGUAAUAUGUACAUUGGAUAAGUAUUAAUAUUUUAUCCACAAAGCUGUAGGAAUUUAACCUACAAUACAUAAUAUUUGCGAGUUUUUAAAAACGAUAAAAGUUUUAAAUUCGUAAAUAUUACAGGUUGCGGUAACUCUAGUUUGUAUAUACAGUAGGACAACCGUGUUAUAUUGAACAGUUAUUUCAAAUUCUGUAAUCCAAUAGUAAAUGUUCAAGCACUGAUCCAGCAAUUUAUUUCAUAAAUGAGGUGUGUAAUUGUUUUAAUUUGAUUGUAUAUUUGUAUCUCUACUUAUCAAGCAAUGUAGUCUUUUUACUGUUAUUGAGUAACUAUUGUUUUUCAUUGACAGUGUUUUUUUUUUUAGUAUUUAAGAAAAGUGCUGUGAAUUUUACCCUUGUCACUUAUUUAAUAACUUGCGAAGGUCAGUGUUUCUAGUAAAUUAAUAAAUUAAGUAAAGUUAACUGGCUUAAAUAUAAGAAAUUUUGAUUCAGUCAUAGGAGAAUUAAUUGUUUUGGUAUUUUAUAUAUUGUCACAUGCAAAAACUAUUUUUUUAUUCAUAUUUAAUAUUUAAGCCACAGAAAUUGAGGAUGAUCUCAAUAGAGUAAUAUUCAUUAUAUAAAUCUAAUACUUUUCUUAUCUUGUAGCUACUCAUACAUUCCAGUUUGCAAAUCAGUUUCAAGUUACUGUAACCAGUAUUGGUGAUAAAAGCAUUAUAAUUUCAGUAUUUUCAAUAAAAAGUUUUCAUUUUUCAUGUGAACACAUUCAUUAGCAGACCACAGUUUAGUUUGAUUUGUAAUAAUUUAUAUGUGUACUUAGAUCAAGAAAAGUGGCAUUGUUAAAAUAUUCUAAUUUUUGCAACAUACAAGAGUUUAUAUUGAAAAUAUAUAUUCCAUGUUUUGUAGAUUUAUCAUAAAUUCAGGUGAUUAUAAUAAAUAUCUAAUGACAAUUUAAAA